GAAGGUGACCUGGGCGCUCACUUACCAAAACCCCAACGUGUCCGUCGAGAGCGUCGUCCUACCUGACGGCGAGAAGUACAAGGACAUGGACACGCUGAUGAAGGUCUUCGACAAGGCGAUCGAGUCGCGGCUGGACCGCAGGUGCACGUUCGUCGCGCUAGGCGGCGGCGUCAUCGGGGACAUGUGCGGGUACGCGGCCGCCUCGUUCCUCCGCGGCGUCAACUUCAUACAGAUACCCACGACUCUGAUGGCCCAGGUCGAUUCGUCCGUUGGAGGGAAGACUGGGAUUAACCAUCCACUGGGGAAGAACUUGAUUGGGGCAUUCUACCAGCCGCAGUGUGUGCUCAUAGACACUGAGACGCUGAAUACAUUGCCCGACAGGGAGCUGGCUUCAGGCGUUGCUGAGGUGGUGAAGUAUGGGCUCAUAAGAGACGCACCCUUCUUUGAGUGGCAAGAGAAGAAUAUGGCGGCAAUACUAGCGAGAGAACCAAGUGCCCUGACCUACGCUAUAAAGAGAUCAUGUGAAAACAAAGCUGAAGUUGUUGCUCAGGACGAGAGGGAAGGUGGCCUUCGAGCAACACUAAACCUGGGUCAUACAUUUGGUCAUGCUAUAGAAACAGGUCUUGGCUAUGGAGAAUGGCUCCAUGGGGAGGCUGUCGCUGCUGGAACAGUUAUGGCAGCCGACAUGUCUUACCGCUUGGGCUGGAUAGACGAGUCCAUACAAAAACGAACAUUUGACAUACUAGAGAAAGCCAAGCUUCCCGUUGCACCGCCAAAAGGCAUGACAAUGGAGAAGUUCAGAAACAUCAUGGCUGUCGACAAGAAAGUUGCGGAUGGAUUGCUGAGGCUCAUCCUUCUGAAAGGACCUCUGGGAGGGUGUGUUUUCACCGGCGAGUACGACAGGAAAGCCCUGGACGAAACCCUUCGUGCAUUCUGCGACAACUGAUCCUUCUCAGUUGGAACUUCAGGAGUCAGGACUUUUGUAUACUAAUAGGCUGUAAUAUCAUAUCAGAAAGAGAGAGGGUGUGUGCAUUGUAUGCUAUCUUUAUUUAUUUUAUUUUUUUGGUUGAAAAUAAUGGAAUGUGGUAAGGGGUUGGUUCAGGUUGUGUAGUCUUGUACGGCAUUAUGCCUGAGCAAUUAUGACCAAGCAUUUUGAAUAAUAGAAUUUCACUUCAAUGUUUC